GUAAAGAUGAACACAACCACACACCUAUAUAUAUACAAUUACGUACAUAUACUGCUUCUUGAUUUUCGUGUCAAGCAAGUAUCCAGUCAUCGGGGGUUUCUUAACCCACGGGCAAACAUCUCUCUCUCUCUCUUGUUCACUGUUGGUGUGGGUUACUUGCUUCACCUACAAUCCUAACUUUAAUGGCUUCUUCUUAAGCUUUUCAUCAAUCCCUCUGCUUUUUUAGUCUUUUCAUCCCAAAAGAGGGACACCAACAUCUUCAAUUUAUCUUCCAGAUCGAUAUGGGUCAUGAAUUGAUGGUCGUAGCGCCACCACCACCACCACCUCCACCUCCGCCGCCGCCGCCGACCUCUCUUGCUCCUGGAUUUCGGUUUCAUCCGACUGAUGAAGAGCUUGUGAGGUAUUAUUUGAGGCGUAAGGUUUGUGGGAAGCCCUUUCGAUUUCAAGCUGUGUCGGAAAUCGAUGUCUACAAAUCCGAACCCUGGGAACUUGCCGACUUUUCUCCAUGGAAUUCAAGAGACCUAGAAUGGUACUUUUUCAGCCCGGUGGAUAGAAAGUAUGGCAACGGUUGUCGUUUGAACCGGGCAACCGGGCAGGGGUAUUGGAAGGCGACCGGGAAGGACCGGGCAGUCCGCCACAAGUCGGAGACAAUCGGAAUGAAGAAAACAUUAGUUUUCCAUAGUGGGCGGGCCCCAGAUGGGAAGCGGACGAAUUGGGUAAUGCAUGAAUAUAGACUUUUGGAUCAAGAGUUGCAAAGAGCCGGAGUUGCACAGGAUGCGUUUGUGCUUUGCAGAAUUUUUCAGAAGAGUGGUUUAGGACCACCAAAUGGAGACCGAUAUGCACCGUUUGUGGAGGAGGAAUGGGAUCAUGAUGCCGAUGCCGCCCUCUUUGUUCCCGAGGAUGAGAGGACUAAUGGUGAUGAAACUUGUGUAGAAAGAAAUGACAUUGUAGAGAAUAAUCCCAAAACAAUUCCCUUUGUGUGCAAGAGGGAAAGAUCACAAGACUCUCCUUCAAAUUCAGAACCCAAACUCGAAACAUUCUCCCUCUUUCACAACAAAAGAUUAAAGCCAAGUGAUCCAAACUCCAACAAUGCAAAUGGUUCUGAAGAUUCAACCACAACAAGUCAAGAUCCAAGAACAACAACAACAACAACAACAACAACACUUGUUGAGUUCCCUUUACUUAAAGAAACUCAUCAUCCCACCACCCCAAAGUCAUUUGACGCUUCUACCCUCGAGAAAUCCGUGCCCCCGGGGUACCUAAAGUUCAUUAGCAAUUUGGAAAAUGAGAUUCUCAAUGUUUCAAUGGAGAAGGAGACUUUGAAGAUCGAAGUGAUGCGGGCCCAAGCAAUGAUUAAUAUUCUUCAGUCUCGAAUUGAUGACUUGAGCAAGGAGAAUAACGAAUUGAGGAGGGGCGUUUAG